UUUUGCCCUCGCGUUCCUUCAAUGAGUCAGGCGUGUCGCUGCUUUUGGAACGGUGCGUAGACGUGUUCGGGAAGCUUCUCCUUGCAAGCAUUAAAAGCAGCCGGCCUCGCCACCGUGCCGCCCAAUCGACGACGGAUAGCGAAUCAUCGCGGUCAGCAGCGACAGACGUCGUCGGCGAAGAAGACAAGAAGCUGCCAAGAGGUGUAGCGAAGCACGCCCAGGACCGCCUUUGCCGCCGCCGCCAAAAGCAGUGACCCAGCCGACGAGAAGGAGACGAGAUGGCCCCCGAACGACGCGUGCCCAUCCAGAAGUCCGACCUCAGCAUCCUGGACAAUGAGUUCAGCUCGAUCCGGGAGCGUUUCGAGGCCGAGAUGCGCAAGAUGGAGGAGGAGAUGUCGCGCUUCCGCUCCCAGCUCAUGGACCACGAGCGCGACUUCUUCGCCAAGAGCAAUGCGCCGCUCCAGGUGGGUCCGGGCGCCCCAGGAGGGCCCCCCGGUGCUGUGCAACCUGCUGCUGCAGGAUCGGGCCAGCUGCCACCAGGCAUGGGCGCGGCCAGCAAGACCUGGCUGGACAGCAUGAACUCGCCGCUCAUUCAGGAUGCCGAGGACGGAACCAAGCAGCUCAAGCUGCGCUUCGACGUCUCCCAGUACGCCCCUGAAGAGAUUGUCGUCAAGACCAUCGACAACAGGCUGCAGGUGCACGCCAAACACGAGGAAAAGUCUGAGAACCGGUCUGUAUAUCGGGAGUACAACCGGGAGUUCCUUCUGCCCAAGGGCACCAACCCUGAGCAGAUCAAGUCGCAACUCUCCAAGGAUGGCGUGCUCACAAUAGAGGCCCCACUGCCUGCCCUCGAGGCACCCAACAAGGAGCGCAACAUCCCCAUUGACAAGAAGCCUUCGGGAAGCAAGAGCAGCGGCUCAGAGUCCGAGGAGUAGCUACCGGCUGCCAGGGUUACUUUUCGGGCUUCUCGACGAUUUCUCCCUCUUGCAUCUCUUCAGUGCGCGCUGUUGCUUUAUUCUUUUCAGCAUGGGCA